AUGCAUGAUUUUAUUUUUUUGAAAUUGGGGAACCGUCCAGCUAACUUCUGGCUUUAUUUCAUUCAAGCCCCAGGAAGACGGAACGGGAGGCAAACCUACAGUCGCUACCAAACUCUUGAACUGGAGAAGGAGUUUCUCUUCAACCCUUACCUGACCCGCAAGCGGAGGAUCGAGGUGUCCCACGCCCUGAGCCUCACCGAGCGGCAGGUGAAGAUUUGGUUUCAGAACAGGAGGAUGAAGUGGAAAAAAGAGAACAACAAAGACAAGUUUCCGGGUCAGAGGGGAGAGGCCGAAGCCGAGGGCGAGGAGGAGGGCAACGAGGACGGUGAAGGGGAAGAGGCCGAGGAGAAAGAAGCGGAAGAGAAAGAAGAGACCAAGGAGUGAUUUUAUGGUCCUUUUUUAUGGUUAUAUGGCUGAAAAAAGGAAGAAAAAGAGAGAGAGAGAGGUCCCAUAAACAGAGGAAGAGUCACAAGGAGGCAGAGAGCGUCAACUUUAUGACCACCCUUUCAUUUUGUCAAGAGGGAACAGGAAUCCCACCAAUAUUGCUGUCAUAAAUAGACAAAAUUCUCCCUUCUCACGAUUCUCCCAACAUCGCAUUUCCGUUUGACAUUUUGUAGAAGCUACACAAGCUUGUAGCAUUUUGUUUUUUUGUCGUAGAAGAAGGGGGAAUAAAUCUAAAACGCAUGUUAGAUGGAAAAUGGCUUAGCUCUUAUUAUUAUUAUUAUUAUUAUUAUAACUAUUAUUUGUUUUUUACUCUCACAAAUUUGCUUUUUAAUAAUAACAACAUCAAAAGCCUAGCCAAUAAGAUCAAAGACAUGACCAACGCCGACCUGUGUUGUAAAUAGAUAGCCUACAUUCAAAAAAAUAAGAACAUCAUUUCAGUCAGAGUAACCAAUGUAGGCCUAUAACUUAGUAGUGAGUGUUCAGACAUCAUCAUCAUCAUCAUCGCAGCAGUUACAUUGGCUCCCAGCCUGUGUAUAACCCCACACGUUUUAUUCUUCUAAUUGUUACUGUAAACUGUUUUACUCGUCUUCAUGUGAAUGGCCUAGACAAAGAUAGCCAUUAUAGCUCCUCAGACAUCUUCUUGUUUUCUAGGAUAUACCAGGGAAAUGCAAUCGUUUGAAAUCCUUUGAUGCUACCUAAAACCUGGGGAAAUUGCAAUAGAGAUUUCUGAAUAUAAGAGAUUUCAUAUGGUUUUAAUUUUGAAAGUGUUCUAUAUCAAAAACCUUAUAUUAAGUUAUGUAUGUAGCAUUUACCCAAUAUUACAAUAUACACUUGUUUGAAGACAAUUUGUGAGUCUUGGGAAGACAAUUAUAGCUCAAAGCCAAGCGAACAAGUUAGAGAUUGUACCACGGCACUACCUAAACUCAGAGCCUUGCCUUUGCAGAAUUUAUAUUCCACACUUACAUGGCAUCGCUCUGAUCUGAUCGCAAGCUAUUUCCCCAACAACUAAAACUGCCUAUAACGCACAUUUUACUGUGUAUGAUAAUACCUGCUACAAUUACAACGAUUAAACAAAAAAAGUAAGGGAAUUUUUAUUUUAAUGUGCUGGUGAUAUAGCGUAGUUGUUUUGCACUGAAUAUAAUCUUUAUGUACGUCUUGUUAUAUAUUGAUGUGAACAAUAUGCUCGUUUCCUGGUGUUUCUCCUGUGAAAGACGGAUUUGUGUGUCCCCCGCCAUUGUUGAUGUAAAAUCACGAAUAAACAAGAUGGCUCACAGUCA